AUCGGCUCUGUGUCGGCGGCUGGACCGAACCUGGCUGGGAGCCGCGUGGGUACCGGAGCAAGCGGACGCCGUGGGCCCAGAGCACCAAGGAAGCAGAGGCCGCUGGGCCGGCGGAGCCUCCGCUGUCUCUCGCCGCAGCUCCUGGCCGCGACCCCGGGUCUGGCAUCCUUCCCUAGACCAAGGAGAAGGUGGGCAACAGGACGUGGCCGUAGUGCUCGUCUCUAAAGCAAGUAUUAAACCUAAAAACAGGGACCUCACGCCGCGGGAAAAGAGAGCGGAGCUUUCUGGGAGCUGCUUGCUACCCAGCUGUAUGUGUCCCACGCCUUGAUGCGCAACCCUGGGGCAAAAGCAGGUGGUUAAAGCUUGGGAAGAAAAGUUGCCGGAGAUGAACCGUGAGAAGAAUUAGGGAGAAGUCGGUGAAGAACGAAGACUGAAUCAGGAAAAGACACUUGGGACUCAUUGUCUCUGGCCUCCCUCCCACGAGACCUUGACCUUUCUCUUCUUCUACCUUUUUCUCUCAGUUUAAGCCACGUGCUAUGAGUGACGCCAAACUUUUUUAAUUCCAAAAAUGGAUUGUCGGUACCUAAACUGACAGUAUUGACGCUGUAAAAUCAUCGAGUUGGUUCUCAUUGUAUCUUCGCUCCUAAUAUAUCUGCUUUAUUGACUUACAUUUCUCCCAGUAUAAAUACUGAUAAAUUAAUAGCGUCAACCACACAUAUGCAAGAAAGUCUUAAGCAUUUCUUCGUAAAAAGAAAGAAGCUGUAAAAUAACUUCCAUCUUGUGCAGUAGAUUUGAAACAAACCUGUAUUCAUGAAGAGUGACUGCAUACAAACCACAUGCCAAGAAAGAAAAAAAGAUCCAUUAGAAAUGUUUCAUUCUGGGCAGCUGAUAAAAGUCUGUGCCCCAAUGGUUCGAUAUUCUAAGUUGGCUUUUAGAACACUAGUAAGAAAAUACGGUUGUGAUCUGUGUUAUACACCAAUGAUAGUUGCCGCUGAUUUUGUCAGAUCUAUAAAAGCCAGAGACAGUGAAUUUACCACAAACCAAGGUGAUUGCCCAUUGAUUGUUCAGUUUGCUGCUAAUGAUGCAAGACUUUUAUCUGAUGCUGCUCGUACAGUCUGUCCUUAUGCGAACGGAAUAGACAUUAACUGUGGUUGCCCUCAGAGGUGGGCGAUGGCAGAAGGUUAUGGGGCUUGCUUAAUAAACAAGCCAGAGCUUGUUCAAGAUAUGGUGAAACAAGUAAGAAAUCAAGUGGAAAACCCUCGAUUUUCAGUUUCUAUUAAAAUAAGGAUCCAUGAUGACCUUACAAGAACUGUAGAUCUUUGUCGAAAGGCUGAAGCAACAGGAGUUUCCUGGAUUACGGUCCAUGGAAGGACUGUUGAAGAAAGACAUCAGCCAGUCCACUAUGAUGCCAUUAAAAUAAUUAAGGAAAAUGUGUCUAUACCUGUAAUUGCUAAUGGAGACAUCAGAAGCUUAAAAGAAGCAGAAAAUGUGUGGCAGAUUACUGGGACUGAUGGUGUGAUGGUUGCAAGAGGACUGUUAGCAAACCCGGCCAUGUUUGCUGGAUAUGAGGAAACCCCACUGAAAUGCAUCUGGGACUGGGUUGACAUUGCUCUUGAACUCGGAACACCUUAUAUGUGUUUCCAUCAACAUUUAAUGUACAUGAUGGAAAAGAUAACUUCAAAGCAGGAAAAAAGAAUAUUUAAUGCUCUGUCAAGCACAUCAGCAAUCUUAGAUUACCUUACAGACCAUUAUGGCAUUUGACUGGACUUCUUAAAUUAUUUUAAUAUACACUUUAUACAUACAGUGAAAUCACACAAGGUCAUAUCUUGGUUUUUACUUUGUCAGUCGCUCUCGAACUUUAGUUUAAAAAUAAUUCCUGGGAACAUUUUUAAAAAUUGGUCCUAUACUUCAUCUCAGAGGUUCUGAUUCAGUAAAUCUGGAGUGGACCCAGAAAUUUAUAGUUUUAAAGAAGACCCCAAGUCAUUCAAACAUCCUGGUCAUCCUAGGUGCAAACAUUGA